AGAAAGUACUCCAAAGACAACACCAUGUGAUCUUUCACAUGCUCUUGUCUCACCUUGACACAAACCUCAUGGCCCUCCUUCAUUGAUCAUCAUUAUAGUUGCCGACUAUUUGUUGCAUAUCCUUUCAUCUAUAUAUAUUCAUGGCUGCAAGCAUUUAGGACCAACACAAAAUCAUUCACAUCCCAAGGCAUUUGAAGUUCAGAAAAUUGAGUCUUAAAAGAGAAAAAAAAAAGUCUUUCUUCUUUUGACAAAUCUCUUCUUUCCACACAUACAACAAUGGGUUUUCGUUUAUCUGGUAUCAUGAGAAGGACAGCAUCUUCAAAAGGUGUGGAUGUGCCAAAGGGAAAUCUAGCAGUAUAUGUUGGAGAGGAAAUGAAGCGAUUUGUUAUUCCCAUAUCAUACUUGAACCAACCGUUGUUUCAAGAACUGUUGAACCAAGCUGAGGAACAAUUCGAAUAUGAUCAUCCAAUGGGUGGUCUCACUAUUCCAUGCAGAGAAGACAUGUUCUUAGAUGUCACUUCUCGUUUAAGUAGGUUCUAAUCCCUUUGGUAGAAGAAGUUGACAUAGAUUAUUUAAUUUGAGGCAAUUUGUACAGAAAACACUUUGUUUUUUCUUUCAUUUUAGUUAUGGACAAAGAGACUAUAACCUGUUUAGGGUAUAGGGAAAUGUUCAAUGAAUAUAAAUUACAAACUUAUUUGCCAAGAUACAAUACAAAGUGACAGAUUUGUCUUGCA